UUACCUUUCUUAUAAGACUUAAUUUAUAGACUGCAAUCGUAACUUGAUCGUAACUUCCAACUACAACCAUUGACAGCUCUUUUGCCUCAUAUUCUAUUUUAGCAGUAACUUAGCACUCGAAGCCGUGAUUUUUAAGAUCCUUAAAAUAUGGACUGAGACGUUCUUUUCGUCCGGCGCGGAGUCAACGUGACCGGCUGUUGUUGGUGCUUAGGCAUUUGCCAGCACGACACUUAUCAGUCAUGCCGUCUGAGUCGUCCAGGAAGAGGCAGGCCGCCAAGAAGGAGGCUGCCAAGAAGAAGGGCGCUCCCAAAGGCAAGAAGCCCGAGGCGGCCGCGGCCCCCGAAACCAACGGAGACGCCAACGGCACCAAUGGUGCUGUCAAUGGUGGUGCCAACGGGGAGCCCCGCGAAAUGACUGAGGAGGAGAAGCUGUGCGCCCAGCUGGACCGCGAGCUGGCGAUGGCCGCCGAGGCACGCGCCUGUACCGGCGUGCUGGGCGUACACCCGCGCAGUCGUGACAUCAAGGUGUCCGGCCUGUCGAUGAGCUUCUAUGGCUCGGAGCUGCUCCAGGAUACGCAUCUGGAGCUGAACUGCGGCCGCCGCUACGGUCUGAUCGGCGCCAACGGCAGCGGCAAAUCGUCUCUUCUGCACGCUAUCGCCAACCGGGAGAUCCCGGUGCAGGACAUGAUCGACGUGUUCCUGCUGGCGCGCGAGAUGCCCGCCUCGGAGAAGACGGCCCUCCAGUGUGUCAUGGAGGUCGACCAGGAGCGCGUGCGCCUGGAGAAGCUGGCCGAGGAGCUGGCCCACAGCGCCGACGACGCCGACCAGGAGGAGCUGAUGGAUGUCUACGAGCGGCUGGACGACCUCGGCGCCGACACGGCAGAGGCCAAGGCCGGCUACAUCCUGCACGGACUCGGCUUCACAACCGAGAUGCAGCACCGCCAGUGUAAGGACUUCUCCGGAGGCUGGCGGAUGCGCGUGGCUCUGGCCCGCGCGCUGUUCGUGCGCCCCCAUCUGCUGAUGUUGGACGAGCCAACCAACCACCUGGACCUGAACGCCUGCGUGUGGCUCGAGGAGGAGCUGAAGACGUACAAACGCAUCCUGGUCGUCAUCAGCCACUCACAGGACUUCCUCAACGGCGUGUGCAGCAACAUCAUCCACCUGGACCAGAAGAAGCUGCAGUUCUACACGGGUAACUACGACAUGUUUGUGCAGACGCGCUGUGAGCUGCUCGAGAACCAGAUGAAGCAGUACAAGUGGGAACAGGACCAGAUCGCCAACAUGAAGAACUACAUCGCCCGGUUCGGUCACGGCUCAGCCAAGCUGGCGCGUCAGGCCCAGUCCAAGGAGAAGACCCUGCAGAAGAUGGUGGACAAGGGCCUGACGGAGCGCGUCACGUCCGACCGCCAGCUCUCCUUCUACUUUUUCGACUGCGGCACCAUCCCGCCGCCCGUCAUCAUGGUGCAGAAUGUGAGCUUCAAGUACUCUGAGGCGCAGGACUACAUCUACAAGAACCUGGAGUUCGGCAUUGACCUGGACACGCGGCUGGCUCUGGUGGGACCUAACGGAGCCGGCAAGUCGACCCUGCUUAAACUGCUCUACGGAGAGCUCUCCCCGACCAGCGGUAUGAUCCGCAAGAACAUGCACGUGCGUAUCGCGCGCUACCACCAGCACCUGCACGAGCUGCUCGACCUCAACCUGACGCCGCUCGAGUACAUGAUGAAGGAGUUCCCCGAGAUCAAGGAGAAGGAGGAGAUGCGCAAGGUCAUCGGCCGCUACGGCCUCACCGGCAAACAGCAGGUGUGUCCGAUCCGCCAGCUCUCUGACGGCCAGCGGUGUCGAGUCGUGUUCGCCUGGCUGGCCUGGCAGAACCCCCACCUGCUCUUCCUGGACGAACCUACUAACCAUCUGGACAUGGAGACCAUCGACUCACUGGCCGAGGCCAUCAACAACUUCGGCGGCGGCCUCAUCCUCGUCAGCCACGACUUCCGACUCAUCAGUCAGGUGGCGGAAGAGAUCUGGAUCUGCGAGAAACAGACGGUCACCAAGUGGCAGGGCGACAUCAUCGCCUACAAGGAGAUGCUCAAGGAGCAGGUGAUGAAGCGGAACGCCAAGGCCAAGAAAAAGAUCAACUGGUAACACCUCUAGGCGGCUAGGCAAUUUUCCAAUGGGUCGGCGUCCUUCCAGGCGGCGCGGCGCGGCGUCUGGCCGGGUGGCCAGCUCGCCAGCCGAGUCCUCAGUCAUACUGUGAUGGUUCGUGCGCUGGUGAAUGUCUCGCGUCUCGUGGUGCACGACGCCGCCUGCCCGACCGACAAUAGACCAGAUCUCCGACUGUGAAGGCGCCGCCGCGCGCCGGCGGCCCGGCCCGGCCCGUCGGUCGGUGCACGGCCGGUGUGCCCUCUGUGAAGGCGCGGCGGCCGGCCGGCGGGGCCCGGAGCGCCGCUCCCCGCCGACACCACCACCGCUGCUGCUGCUGCUGCUGUUGUUCCCGCUGCUGUCCCCUCAGGACAGGACACCCCGGCACACCCUCCCGCCAGCUGUGCAUAGACUGGCAGUGACCGGGGCUUUCCACUGGCUUGUUGCCUCGCAGCAUACAUAAUGACAUUUUAACCGUAUGUGGUUUUGUUUUUACUCGGACUGAUCAAAAGUAAUAUAUAAUAAAUUUCCUAGUUUUAGCUGGUGAGUGAUGUGCCCAGUUGGAGGAGCCGGCGCCGCGGACCAUAAUAUGACCACAGACUGAAUAUACGAUCGUCUCGGGCGACCACGGA